AUGGUGACUGCUGGACCCUCAUCUGCUCAGAGCGGUGCGCAGGCCCGCGCAACAUCUUCUGCCGCUCCUGGCUACGAACUUCCCUGGGUAGAGAAAUACCGGCCAGUCUUCCUGGACGAUGUUGUCGGCAACACAGAAACGAUUGAACGACUUAAGAUCAUUGCAAAGGAUGGCAAUAUGCCUCACGUAAUCAUCUCCGGCAUGCCUGGUAUCGGAAAGACUACUUCCAUCUUGUGUUUGGCUAGACAGAUGCUCGGCGACGCCUACAAGGAAGCCGUUCUCGAGUUGAACGCCUCAGAUGAACGUGGUAUUGAUGUCGUCCGCAAUCGCAUCAAGGGCUUCGCCCAGAAAAAGGUCACUCUGCCUGCCGGUCGCCAAAAGUUGGUCAUUCUCGAUGAAGCCGACAGCAUGACUUCCGGUGCACAGCAAGCUCUGAGAAGAACAAUGGAGAUCUACUCCAGCACAACUCGGUUCGCCUUUGCUUGCAAUCAGUCCAACAAGAUCAUUGAACCUCUGCAAUCACGUUGCGCCAUUCUCAGAUACUCUCGCCUGACAGACGCCCAGAUUGUCAAGCGUCUGACUCAGAUCUGCGAGGCCGAGAAGGUGGAAUCCUCCGAGGACGGUCUUGCUGCAUUGGUCUUCAGUGCUGAAGGAGAUAUGAGACAAGCCAUCAACAACUUGCAGAGUACUCAUGCUGGUUUCGGGUUUGUCAAUGGUACCAACGUCUUCAGAGUUGUUGACCAGCCUCACCCAUUCAAGGUCGAGACCAUGAUCAAGAACUGCCAUUUGUGUAACAUUGAUGCUGCUCUUUCAAUGCUCAAAGAGCUCUGGGACUCUGGUUACUCAUGCCACGACAUUAUCAGCACCAUGUUCAAGGUCACGAAGACCAUUCCUAUCCUAUCAGAGCACGCCAAACUCGAGUUCAUCAGAGAGAUUGGCUUCACACAUAUGAGAAUUCUCGAAGGUGUGCAAACAUACCUCCAGCUCUCUGGCUGUGUAGCAAAGCUCUGCAGGAUCAAUAUGAAGCCUGGAUUGUUUGUCCUUCCCAAGUAG